AUGCUACUAUCUCCAUCUGAAAAACAAUAUCUAUACGACUCAUUAAGUCAGUCACCAGUUAUAAGGCCAGAUUCACGCUCAGUCCAUCAAUAUAGACCAUUAGAAGCAACAACAUCUUUUUUACCUGGAUCUAAUGGAUCAGCAAGAAUUCGAUUACUGGAAGGUAGUGAGUGUAUAAUAAGCAUCAAGGCAAAAGUCGUACCAAUUGAUCCAGACACACACAAUGAUGUUUCCCUAUCUAAUUUAAUUGAUGUUGAUGUUGAUAUUGUGGGAUAUCGAGAUGAUUCAAAUUACGUUUCAAAUCUAAAGUUUCAAUUGGUGAAUUUAUUACAUCGAAAUUUCCCCCAUGAAGUAUUACAAUUAACAUCAAGAUAUGCAUUCAAGCUAUUUAUUGAUUGUGUAAUCAUCAGUCACCUGUCUUAUCCCUUAAGUUUGAUUAGUUUGGCUAAUUAUUUAGCUUUGAAAACGACAAGAUUACCAUUGUUAAUCAGUGAUCCAAAUGAUUUACAAGUGGCUGAGUAUCCUACUUUCUCAGACGAUUGGGAUAAUGCAAGGACAAUUGAGGAAAUAAUGAUGGAUAAGAAAAUAGGUAGUGUGUUUAAACCACCUAUUUUUAUAACUAUUGGGGUGGUUGGUAAAAAUCUAAUUUUUGAUCCAUCAGUAGAGGAAGAACAAGUUUUGGAAAAUGGAGUCGUGGUCAGUUUUUAUAACAACAAAGUCAUUACUCCUAUAACUAAUGGCAAUUUUGCUGUAAACUCAAACAACUCCAAUUUCAAAGGAUUGAAUAAACUGGUAUUGAUGAAGUGUAUCAACUUGUGUAAUCAAUAUUGUCCAGCAAUUGUUAAAGCUUUGGAUACCCUAGUUGAACAAGAGGGUGAUCAAGGUGAUGUGUCUAUUUUCUAA